AUGCGUUUCGCCAUCACCCUUCUUCCAUUCAUCCUGCCCGCCUUGGCCAGCGACCACAAGGCCUGUGACUGCCAGAUCAAUAAUGGCAACGGCUGGAAGUAUGAUUGGCAGCUUACAUUUAACGUCUGUGUUGACAACUACCAAAGCACUGCUGGAUACGAUAACGGCGCCGGCCGAUGCAUUGCAAACCCUCACGUUAGGCUUGAUGGUGACCGAUUCUACGAUAACUGCAAGGCUUUGGCUCAGAAAGGAUGGUACCCUGUUGUGAAUGGCGCUGUCGACACAACUCAGCCAAAGAUUUACGCCAAGCAAGGAGGCUCCGGCUGCUAUAACUAG